AUGCGCUUGCUCGAAAUCACUCUUCUGCUAGACCUCUUGGGUCUGGCGACUGCUCUGCCAGCACACCAUUCAACGACUGCCUCAUCUUCACACGUCGCAUCUUCAUCACUGUCGACUCACACUGAUUCAUCUCUGUCGACUCAUACUGAUUCACCUCUGCCGACUCAUAUUACUUCAUCUCUGCCGACUCAUAGUACUUCAUCUCUGCCAACUCACAGUGCUUCAUCUCUGCCGACUCCCACUGGCUCAUCUCGGGCGACUCCUUCUGGUUCAUCUCGGGCGACUCCCAGUAGCUCAGCUCGGCCGACUCCCACUGGUUCAUGGCAAAUUGUCUCGUGUUCUGACCCUACUAUUGCGAAUGCCGCUGCAGCUCCGUCUAGCAGAUGGCAAGCUGCCGAUACCGAUGAUGCCUGGAAUGCGGCCGUUGAAGCGUGGACCGGUGGACAAUCGCAGUCCGGAGGGGUUUCCUUGCCAUUUUCUGCCUUUAUCAGCAACUUCUUCCACGGCCCUGAGAGCUGGAACUGCCAGGACGUUGGCAAUGUGCCGUGCUCGACGGUCGUUCAGUGUGAUCAAGUCGACCAUCCUGCUGGCUUUUUGAUCCUGAACUCCUUUUCUUCGGUUCAUCAGCUCUACCAACACAUGGCUGGGGCCCUCGACGAUGCCCUUGCGCAAAUGACUCCUAACCUGGGAACCUUUGCUCAGACAUUCGCUCCUCAACUCCCCAGCGAUACAACCGUUAUAAAUAACAUUCUCAAUGGCAUCGGAGCGGCCGUUGGCAUUUUCAGCUCGUAUUCAUGGAACUUUUUUCUCAGUUCAUUUUUCAAGAACAAUGCAGUUAUGGCUCUUACGCAAGACACAAUUAAUAAUAUAAUUAGCUUUGCGAUCGGUACUGCUAGAACCAACCUUCCCGCGUGUGGUUUCCUCAGCACACAGAACGCGCUGCAAACACAGAACUCAGUAUCAUCAGCUCUCGGCACCAUUUUCGGUGCGUGGAAAGGUGCUGAAACCGGCUAUCUGUCGGCGAUUUUCUCCGGGAAUUCGCAAAACAACUCAAUUUCUGAUCUCUACACCAUGAUCAAAAACGGAAGCAUGACUGCUAUUCCUAACGAUAUCGACCUGAGCAACAUCACACUCCAAGCCCAAAAGAUCAUGUACGGUCAGUUGAUCCAGAGUGCUUGGACUGUUGCACCACAGGGUCUUCACCCCUUUAUCCUGCUGACCAACGACUCCUGCGGUCCUCCUUCUGAGGAUAUUAAGCGGAACGUCCCCACCGACGUCAUUGGCAAGGCACAGGUUUGCAACAACGGGCAGGCUGCAUAUAUUAUGACCACCGUCCAAAUACCAGGGGAUCAGUGGCCGUUUGGGACGCUGCCUGGUGGCACUGUUGACGUUCUUGAUGGGACCAAAUUCGGCGGAGUGACCCUUGACGAUAUCUUUAUCAGCUCGUACCAGGCAUACCAGCUCAACAACAACACCAACGGGUACCAGAUGCCUGAUGAAUCCCGCUUCAUUGACGGACAUGGAACGGAAGGCGACUACAUCUUCCAAAAUGGCAUCAGAACUCCUGGCUUCUUUAACCUGCCCAUCUGCACCGACGUCAAUGCGGCUGUGGAGGCUUCUUCGCAAAACAAUCCGAAUUCCAAGUGGUGGCCUUGCGACACUCCACAGGGUUACAACACUGGAGGAACGAACAUUCACGUCAACAACGGAUGCAUUUUGAUUAACGGAAACCCGACAUGCCACCCCGACUCCCAAAACAUCCCCGACAACCAGCAGCCUAACAACACUGCGACCAUCUACGCUGGGUUCAGUGGUGACAGCACGAUGUACAAGGUCCAGGCCGGCUGCAAACUCACGGCUGUCUGGCCGCACAACUAUGGCGACAUUUACUUCGGCGCCGACAACUGUCUCUACGACUCGCAGGGGAACCGAAUCUUCGGCCAGUGCUGCGGGCCCAACCACGAUUUGGUCACGAACCCGUACUGGGGUAAAUAA